AUGGUGUUGAUUUGCUGCUAUUGUUGUUGCUGCUGCUGCUGCUGCUGCUGCUGCGUCGUUGCUGUCCUUCUCGCUGGGAUUAUCGACGGAAUUGUCAUGUUGGUGACGGUGACAAGGGUGAUGUCGGUUGUGAUGACUGAUGUUGAUGUUGAUGUUGAUGUUAAUGAUGAAGAAGAAGAAGAUGGCGAUGAAAUGAGAAUGAGAAGAACUAUGAACAACAGCAGGGGCAACACAAACUGCAACAACCGCGACAGCAGCAAGAACAGCACCGGCCCGAGCGCCAGCGCCAGCCCCAGCCCCAGCGCCAGCACCAGCAGCAGAAACAACAACAGCACCAACAAGAACGGCAGCAGCAGCAUCAGCGGCGGUGGUGGCGGCGGCGGCGCAGCAAACCACCCAACCGCCACCACCAAGACAAUCCGGCAACAACCACAAACACAACCACAGCAGCAACAACGACAACGACAGCGACAGCGGACAGCUGACAGCGGACAGAAGCAACAGCAAAACAACCACUGCGACCACGACGACGCCCAGAAGACCACUUAA